AUGUCAUUCAAUAUGUUUAGUGGAUUCUGGGUACAAGCAUUUCUCACUGUAGUCUGUGUAUUUGUUUUAUACACGCUCUCAAAGAUCAUGAAAUACCUCACUGGCGAGGUGAGGGUAUUGUCACCAAACUCAGCCGAUUCAAACCGACGUCGAAUUGGCCAUUUGGAAGAAUUACUCGAUAUAUUUUCCAUGGAAAAAUCUGGUACAACCAAUAUAUGUUUGUUGAUAUCAAUAACAUCAAAACAGAGCCUGGUACACCAGCACGUUCAUGACGCUCUGGUGCUGUUAUCCAAACGACAGCCGAUGCUUCGAGCAGUGAUAGCAACUAUGGCGAACGGAGAUAGAUAUUUCGAAAUCAAGGAAAUCAACGAAGUCAUUACAAUGUUAGACAUUACUACCUCUGAUGUAAAGGCUUCUGACUGGCAAAGUGUCUGGUUUGAAUAUACAGCAAAACCGAGAGGGAAUGGUCUAUUAUGGCGAGUCGUAAUAUUACAAGAGGAAUUCAUGCCGGAUACUAAAGAUUAUGCAAAUACCUUAAUGUUUAACUUCAACCAUGCCUGUAUUGACGGCGUGUGCUCUGUGAAGUUUUGCGAGCAAUUUCUUAAUUAUAUGAAUGAACUAGGAAACGGUACUACCACUGCUGACGAAGAAAUCUCAAGCCUAGAUCUGCUGCCAUAUUUCCACGAGAUUAUCACACAGGGACGCUUUUGGCAUUCAUUGUUUAAUUUUAUGCUCGCUUAUUGUGACCUACGACUGAUCCUGAAAUUUUGCAUGGAAAAGAUGUUCAAACGUCUGAUACAAAAGAAGCCGACUAAUCCGUAUCACGCACAGUUUCCACGAAACUCAGAAUUGUCUACUGCUGUACCAGGUCGACUGAGUGUAAAGGUUUUUACAGAGAAGGAAACGAAGGGUAUUUUACAAGUCUGUAAAGUGAAUGAUAGCACAGUAACAGGAGCUAUCGCAGCCGCAGCCCAUUUAGCUUUUUGUAAGCUUAUAGCCAAUAUAGGGCCGGAUCAACCUAAUUCUGCAAUGGAGUUAGGAUUGCCGUUUUCCAUCAAUGCUCAACGCUUCUGUGAUCCGAAACCGCACAAAGAAUACCUUGGAAAUUUUGUAUAUGGGUGCGAAAAUAUUUACAUGAAAUAUUUGGCUGGCGAUACUGCUGACUUCUGGAAAUUAGCCCGAGAGAAUACGCAGCGAAUAAAGGAUUUUGUUAAGAAAGAAGCAUAUGUAUCCGAUAUAACAGUCGUGUCUGGACUACUAGAGCCAAGAGAACUAUUCAAUCUCUUGGCCGGUGAUGAUUCAGUAUUUGCGAAAGCCGGCUGCAAUUUUAUAUCAAGUGUUGGAUGUUUCAAUUUCGGCAAUCAUCAGCCAGAGACUUAUAUACUACAUGAAUGUUUUAUUAAUGCUGUUAAUCAUGGUUCGCUUUAUACGUUUUUUCAUUUUAUCCACACUAUUAAUGGUAAAAUGACCUGGCAAAUUACCACUAAUGAUGCAGUACAUACUAAGCACGCGGAGAAAUUUGCUAAUCUUUGCUUCAGUAUGCUCUUAGCAAAAUGCCCCAAAAUGUAG